AUGGCCUCCAUAUUCACCUUCGACCCCGACCCUCCGCGCGUUUCGUCGCCGUGGGCGAUUACGCCCAUCGGCGGCGUUGCGCACUCCCCGGUUCCAGCCACGAACCCCCGACGAAUUCCUUCGACUCUUGGUGGUCUUACCGACGAGACGAGCGCGAAUGCAACAUCCCUCCCCACCGAUAUAGAUUAUACGCAUAUCACACGGUUAGAGGCGGAACCCCAGGAUGGGCCUACGGAGUACAAGCUACAUCUGCUGCUCAGGCGACGGCGGUCGUUCACCCGUUCCAGUACUGCACGCCAUAUAUCUGGGUCCAUGCGUCGACCUGAAAUACCUAUACCAGCGGGUCGCAGCGUAUCAGAGUCCGGCGUCCUGGCCAACACUCCCCCACCACUGGCAUCUACACAGUCAAAGCAGCAUCGUCUGGAGCAGCUGACUACCCAGUUGCUGUGGCGCCUACAGCAGUCAUGCCCAAACCACAUGUCAUCAUCCAUGGCACCUGUCAUACCUCAUUUCCCCGACGAUGCACGUCUGUCAGCCCCCGAGAUGCCUCAACGUCUACUGCCGGGAUUGGAGGAGAGUAGCGGUGCGCUCUACGAGAUUGGAGUUGCAGACGACGGAACUAUCGUUGGUCUAGCAGAAGACGAGAUGGAAGAGAGCCUGAACAAUUUGCGCGCCAUGGCUGCAAGCUUAGGCUGUGGAAUCGAGGUUAUGCGCAGGGUUCCAGUGGGCGACUGCGAGUGGAUUGAGAAUCCUGGCACAGUACAACAGAGGGUGGUAAAAUCGCAACUACUAGUUGCCGAAGCUCUGGUCCGCCCAGAACAGCACUUGAUCGAUCAUACGAAGAGGAAUGAGCAAGAUGCAGCCGACGUUCCGUCUAACUCCGGUGCUAGCAACGUUGUGGCUCUGACUAACGAGUCUAAAGGGGUCACUGAGCAGAUGCGUGUUUCAGUGACCGGUGCCACCAUGUCCGGUAAAUCUAGCCUACUUGGCACGCUUUCUACCGCCACGCUGGAUAAUGGCAGAGGAAAGAGUCGCCUGAGUCUUUUGAAACACAGACACGAAAUCGCAUCAGGGAUGACCAGCUCUGUCACUCAGGAGCUGAUAGGGUACCGUGAUGUGGGAGGCUCGUCACGCGUGACUAACUAUGGCUCUGAGGACAUUGACUCGUGGAUUGACAUCCACUCGGCUGUAGAGUCAGCGGAGAACGGCCGACUUGUGUUCCUUUCUGACUCAGCUGGCCACCCUCGAUUUAGACGAACCACUGUCCGUGGAAUUGUUGGCUGUGAAUCUUCAGGCAAGCUCGGAGCAUCACCUUCAGCGGAAGAAAUACUCGGCCCAGCAGCAGCAGAUCUAGAUCUGUCUCACGCACACCUUCAGUUAUGCCUCGCCCUGGAACUACCGCUUGUCAUUGUCAUCACUAAAUUCGAUUUGGCUAACAUUACCGACCUGAAAAGCACCUGUACCAAGUUGUUCUCUGUAUUGAGAGAGCACAACAGGACGCCUUUUCUCAUCGGUGAUGCAGCUCCAUCUGUGCUAGAGGCCGAUCUACACACAGUUGAUGAAGGGGAUCCUAAGAUCGACAAGGCUCUAAGUCUCCUUACAGACUCACCACUUGCGGCAGUGCCGGUAGUUUUGACUAGCGCCGUCAAAGGAACAGGAAUCCGGAAGCUUCAUACAUUCCUUCGAGAACUGCCCAUGCCCAAGGACAUGACCCCACUUACACCUGCAUCAAUUUCACCACUCUUUUAUAUCGAAGACGUCUACAGCGUGCGGACAAAUACAUCAAGUGAUCGAUCUGCGAUCAUCGGGGGCUACCUCCGCUACGGGUCUCUGGCCGUUGGUGACGAGCUGCUAUUAGGACCCUAUCCUGUCGAUGUAAGCUCCGACGACAGCGACAGCGGAGGCGCAAUGCCAAAUCGCAAGCCAUCCAUUCCGCAAUCGAGGUCAUUUCCUGGCGCACUGAACACGAAAUCGAAGAACGCCUCAUUGCGCGAUCGGCAUAGUGAAUGGCGACGCGUCCGCAUUACCUCUCUGCGCAAUUUGCGUCUACCCGUGCGAAAGCUGCAUGCAGGUCAGGUCGGGACCAUGGGCCUCGCACCCGUUGAUACACCGAUUGUCAGUCCAUCAAUAAACAGGAUACGCAAAGGCAUGGUCUUGGCGACUCGCGAGCCUAAGGCGCACAAAGUCAUUACAGUGCGAUUCGAGGAGAAGCAAGCAGAAAGUGUCAAGGACCUCAGUGUUGGUAGUGCAGUCGUUGUCUACAUUGCUAGCGUAAGAGCUUCAUCCAAAGUGCUUUCCGUUGCUGCCGAGCGUGCGGAAGACCCUACGCUCGAGACUCACGGACACGAUGAUGCUUUCGGGUUCGGCUUUGACGAUGAAGUGGAGAAGUCAGCAACCGAGGGUGCAGUCAUUGUGACCUUCCAAUUCAUCGCUUCGCGCGAGUUCGUGGAGACGGGUGCCAAGGUGUUGGUCAUGCCUGGUGGUGGGCCAGGGCUGUUCGGAGGUAAUGAAAGGGGUGCCAAGGGUAUGGCUGGGCUGGAAGGGUUUGUUGGAAGAGUAGUGGACGACGCUCAGUAA